AGAAUGGAUUCAGGAAAUCAAUCUGUAGUAUCAGAAUUUGUGCUUCUGGGACUUUGCCACUCAUGGGAUAUUCAAGUCUUGCUCUUUGUGAUAUUUUUGAUGCUUUACCUGAUCAUUGUAUCUGGAAACACUGUUAUCUUGAUCUUAAUAAUCAGCGACCCUCAUCUUCAUUCCCCCAUGUACUUCUUUUUGGCCAACUUGUCCUUUGUUGACAUGUGGCUUUCCUCAGUGACAACUCCUAAGAUGAUCACAGACUUUCUCCAUGAGAACAAGACCAUUUCCUUCGGAGGCUGCAUGUGCCAGAUCCUCUUUGUCCAUUUCAUCGCAGGGAGUGAGAUGGUGCUUCUGGUGGCAAUGGCCUAUGACCGCUAUGUGGCCAUCUGCAAACCAUUGCACUACUCCAUCUUUAUGAACUUGAAGAGAUGCAUUGGACUAGUGUUGACAUCCUGGACAGCUGGCUUUGUGCAUGCCAUGAGUCAAACGGUUGUGAUUAUGCAGCUGCCAUUCUGUGGCCCCAGGGAAAUGGAUAGCUUCUUCUGUGAUAUACCACUGAUAAUCAAGCUAGCCUGCAUGGAAUCUUCUGACUUGGGAACAUUAAUGAAUGCUGACACUGGAGUUGUGGCUGUAACCUGCUUUAUUCUUUUGCUGAUAUCCUACACAUACAUUCUUCUCACUGUCCGCCAAAGCUCCAAAACAGGUGCUUCCAAGGCACUGUCCACCUGCACUGCCCACAUCACAGUGGUGAUGAUCUUCUUUGUGCCCUGCAUCUUCAUCUAUGUGUGGCCACUAAACAUCACCUGGCUGGACAAAUUUCUUGCUGUCUUUUACUCUGUUAUUACUCCUCUCCUAAAUCCAGCCAUUUAUACCCUGCGAAAUAAGGAGAUGAAAAGUGCUAUGCAGAGAUUUAGAAACAACUAUAUGCAUCCCAAAGGGAACCAUUAA